AUGGCGAGACCAGCUCCGCGAGUACGACAUGAUUUCCGCAGCUACGCCACGACCUUGGAAUCCAACCGCCAGGGCUUGAUCCUGAAGGUCAGCGAGGGUGCAAAAUCGAGCCCGAAGCGAUUGUCACAAUUUUGGCUCCGUGACCAGACCCUCUGGAACGCUUCCAUAGCAUCCAACCCCCCAGAAGUGUCAUUUGACAGUGUCAUGGCAAAGGGCGACAUCUCUGGGAUGGCGGAUUUAACUGAAAAGAUUCGUGGCUAUGGUAUGUGUUUUGUCACCAACACACCCAAAACACCCGAGGCUACGAAUGAACUUCUAGAGGCCAUUGGCCCCAUUCGCAACACCCACUAUGGAGGCUUCUACGACUUCGUCCCAGAUUUGGCCAAGGCUGAUACGGCUUACACCAACUUGGCUCUUGCUGCGCAUACUGACACGACGUACUUUACUGAACCGGCCGGCCUACAAACUUUCCACAUGCUGUCCCACACACCGCCGCCCAAUAAGGCAAAUGACGACGGCAGUCUGGGCGGUCAGUCUCUUCUUGUGGACGGAUUUUAUGCUGCCUAUAGGUUGAAGAAAGAAUUCCCCGAGGCAUAUGAGACUCUCCGAGAGGUCAGACUCCCCUGGCAUGCAAGCGGAAACGACGGCGUAGCCAUUGUGCCCGACAGAGCUUACCCAGUGAUUGAAGCGUCCCCUUAUAAAUUCCAUCGAGUGCGCUGGAACAAUGACGACAGAGGAGUCGUUCCCUUAAAUGUGGAUGUGGACAAGUGGUACAGUGCAGCUCGGAGAUGGGAUAGCAUUCUGAGGCGAAAACGGAACGAAUACUGGUUCCAGCUCGAACCGGGUCGAGUUCUGAUCUUUGAUAACUGGCGGGUUCUCCACGGCCGGAGCGCUUUCGAGGGACUGCGCCGGAUAUGUGGCGGGUAUAUCAACCGCGACGACUUUAUCUCUAGGUGGAAAACCUCCAACUUCCCCAGAAGUGAAGUUAUUGCGGCAAAUAUGCAGCUGAAAUAG